CAUUCUAUCCACAAAAGCAAGCUAGAUUUUGAGAUCUACCGGAGAGUUCUGAGAAACCCCACCUCACCCUCUGCAAACCGUCUGCCAUGGGUACUCCCAAACAGUGAUCAGAAGAGGAGGAGGAGGAGGAGGAGGGGAGGAAGUGGAAGUGGAAGAAGUAAUUAGAAGAUUUAGAUGGGGAUGCUCUAUGCCCAUCCUCAAGGCCUUGGCUCAGUAGCAAAGGCUGCAGCAGCAGUCAGACCAUUCACCUCCUCAUCUGAACUCCUAUCAACUUCCCAGUUAGCCUUCUGUAAGUCAUCAAGACAGAGUUCCUUCUGCAGAGGACAACUGGAUUCACGCCGUUCCUUCCGAUUGGUUUCGGUUCGUGGAAGGAGACGCCGAGCAGUCUGUGUUCUGCCAUUGACCGAGGAGAACGUCGAGCUGGUUUUGGAUGAGGUGAGGCCGAGUUUAAUGGCCGAUGGAGGGAAUGUGGCCCUGCAUGAGAUCGAUGGCCUUGUCGUGGUGUUGAAGCUGCAAGGGGCAUGCGGUUCAUGCCCAAGCUCAACGAUGACAUUGAAGAUGGGGAUAGAGACACGGCUGAGGGAUAAAAUCCCAGAGAUUGAAGCAGUCGAGCAGAUCCUAGAUACUGAGACUGGACUAGAGCUCAAUGAGGAGAAUGUUGAGAAGGUUCUUGCAGAGAUAAGACCAUAUCUUGCUGGCACUGGUGGUGGCUUGCUGGAGCUUGUUCAAAUUAAUGACUUCAUCGUAAAAGUUCGAUUAAGUGGACCUGCAGCUGGGGUAAUGACAGUCCGCGUAGCUCUAACGCAGAAAUUAAGAGAAAAAAUAGCUUCAAUUGCAGCUGUUCAGCUAAUUGAUUAGUCCAAACUAAUGAAGCAGCCUCACUCUCUCACUUUAGAGUGAUCGAUCAACCACAUGCUCGUAACAAGAUCGAGCCUCGACACAUGAUCUGUAAGGGAUACUUUUUACUCAAAUCAUGCAACCCUUCAAUAGUGGAAGUUGUGCAAGUUUCUACAUAGCAAACAUUUUUCUAUCUGCA